AAAAGCAUCAUAGGUAACGGAGCACAGCAGCAUCAACUAACCAAGAUGAUCCCAAUUGUGCUAGUAUCCAUCUUCUUUGCCAGCGCCUAUGGGUGUGGCCGUCCCCCAAUUGAACCAGUUGUCACCCGUGUGGUCAAUGGUGUGGAUGCCCGUCCCUACAGUUGGCCUUGGCAGAUCUCACUGCAAUACUUAAAAGAUGAUGAGUGGAGACACACUUGCGGAGGGUCUCUGAUUGCCACCAACUGGGUUAUGACUGCUGCUCACUGCAUUAACACCAAGCUGACCUACAGGGUGUAUGUUGGCAAGUACAACCUGGCUGUAGAAGAAACUGGUUCCUAUGCCAUCACAACCGAGAAGCUGAUUGUGAAUGAGAAGUGGAACCCCCUGCUGGUCGCCCUGGGUAAUGACAUCGCCCUGAUCAAGCUGUCAGAGCAUGUGACUCUGAGUGACCAGAUUCAGCUUGGCUGCAUCCCACCUGCUGGGUCUAUCCUGCCUAACGCCUACCCCUGCUACAUCACCGGAUGGGGUAGACUGUACACCAACGGUCCCAUUGCUGAUAAGCUGCAGCAGGCUUUGAUGCCAGUGGUGGAUCACGCCAUCUGCUCUCAGCCUGACUGGUGGGGUGUCGCUGUCAGAACGACCAUGGUGUGCGCUGGUGGAGAUGGUAUCGUCGCCGGCUGCAACGGCGAUUCCGGCGGCCCCCUGAACUGCAAGAGCGCUGACGGCGUGUGGGAGGUGCACGGCAUCGCCAGCUUUGUCUCCGGCCUGGGAUGCAACUAUGAGAAAAAGCCCACAGUAUUCUCCCGCGUCUCUGCUUACAACAGCUGGAUCGACCAGGUUAUGAUGGAGAACUGAGAGUUUCUCAGCCACAUUUUCGGCAAAUAAAUGACAAACCAAUGUGCAAAAACCAA